AUGAUCUCACAAAGCAAAUUGGUACCGAUUUCAAGUUCCAGCGCGGAACUCUUAUAUGUUGUAAUAGCAACAUCAACUAUAAAGAAUCUGACAGCCGAAUUAAUUCGUCAAUUCGACGGGUCAUAUUUCGUUAAGCACAUGAAUUGUUGUUCUUUGUUCUGUGUGCCAUCAGUUUUAGAGGCUUGCGCGAUGGGAAGAGCUCCAGCAUCUUGCUUUAUUCUCUUUAGAUCGAAGAUCCAAGGGUGCUUGGUUGAUCUUAAUUUAAGACUAGAACGCAAACUAGUCUCUAAACAUGCGGCAAACCUCUGGAAAGGGGUUACAGGCAAUGAUCACCGUCUUGCGGAUAUGUUCAAAAAAACGUUUGACUCAGCUCUUUAUAGAUUUAAUGCUAAAGAAUUUAAAAUUCGAAUGAUGGUGCCUCCCGCUCCCCCGCAGCAACCGGCAGCACAAGAGAAAUCCAUUCCUUUAAUCGAUGACUUUGAUAGCUCAUUAGAUGGAUUGGUAAAUGAUUUAUUUCCUUCAAUUUCGGUCGAGCAGUUAUAA